CUGAACGCCCUCGAAGGGGAGGCUAAGGAGUCCGUGAAGAAGUUCCAAGUUACCCCUGAAAACUACUCCCAUGCAAUCAAGUUCCUUCACGCACGGUACGGCAAUCCAGAGGAAUUGAUCCAGAAACCCAUCGACCAACUUGACCAUUACAAAUUACGAAGUGAAUCCCUCAAGGACCAACGCACACUCUUCGAACAAGUGCAAGUAACAGUCCUGCAACUAAAGCAAAAGGGAGAACACGUAGACAAUCAAGUCAUGGUCAAGAAAGUGUUGAGCAAAUUUCCUGCACAUAUCCAGAGGAGAGUGCUAGCGAAGAGACGUACACUUCCAUCGACUACUUCAUCCACCACAAUGGAAACGCUGUUCAACAUAAUCGAAGGACGUUCCCUUGUCCGAGGAAGAAAUGAUGAGCCUCCUAACGUCAGAGAAAACACAAAUGUGCCACCGUCACAGACAACAUCCGCCAAAGAGUUCCGAAAACAGGAGAGUCUCUGCAUGUACUGCGAAGGAGUACACAAGUCAUCUCAUUGCGAUACACAUAAGAACCGCCGGAGGAGAAAGAAGCAAAGUACUUAG